AUGGCAAUAUCUCGAUUAGUUUUGGGCAAUUGGAAGGAAGCGAAAGAAAAAACUAAUGGAGAUGUAGAAGACAAACCAAACCAAUUAAAGGUUUGUGAUAUGUGGCAAGAUAUCCAGGGUGCCAACCAUUCGAAUGGCAUGCUGGAUCUCAUUAAGCCACUUCUCAAAGCAGGGAUACUCAGAUAUGGUGAUUUUGCACAGCAAUGCUACGAUUCAUUUGACAACACGCCCUCUUCCACAUACUAUGGAAAUUGUAAGCGCAGCAAAAGCUCGCUCGCCCAGAGACUGGAGUUGCUAAAUUGUGGGCGUGGGUAUCAAGUUACCAAAUAUAUAUACGCCAAUACGAGUUUUUUGGACUCCAUUUUUGGCGAGGAAUCAAGUGAAGGCGUCGCCUGGAUAGGUUAUAUUGCAGUUUGCACUGACCCAGAUGAGAUAAAGAGAUUGGGAAGACGUGAAAUAGUUGUUGCAUUGAGAGGAACGCAGACUCCUUUUGAAUGGAUGGAAAAUCUGAGAGACAUAUUGGUUCCUGUUAUGGCAUCAAAGGCUACAACAAGCUCCAACAUCAAAACCAUUUCAAAUCCAGAUGCCAGGAUAGAGAAAGGUUUUCUCAGUUGUUAUACGGCCACCGACGAGGACUCUGUCAGAUGCAAGCUUAGUGAGGGAAUACAUAGAGCAAGAAGAAGAUUUGAGCAUAACAUUUACUGGGCAUAG